AAAUUUCAUCUUUAGAAAUAGCUGCCUUUCUUUUCACUUCAGUUUUCUCCUCCGUUUGCCCCCCCCCCCCCCCCCCCCCUCCCAAACCCCUACCCUUUAGCAACUUCCGGCAGCAAUGGCACCUAAGAAGGAUAAGGCCCCUCCACCAUCCUCCAAGCCCGCCAAGUCCGGUGGUGGCAAGCAGAAGAAGAAGAAGUGGAGCAAGGGAAAGCAAAAGGAGAAGGUGAACAACAUGGUUUUGUUUGAUAAGGCUACUUAUGACAAGCUUAUCACUGAAGCACCCAAGUAUAAGCUCAUCACCCCUUCCGUCCUCUCCGACCGUUUGAGGAUAAGUGGAUCCCUUGCCAGGAAGGCGAUCAGGGAAUUGAUGGCUAAAGGGUUGAUCAGGAUGGUGUCUGCUCAUGCUAGCCAGCAGAUUUACACCCGGGCUACCAACACUUAAGUCUUGAGAUUUAGACUUCGUUGUUUAAUUAAUUAGCCUUCAUUUUGUUUAAAACGUUACGUUGAGACAUAAUUUUGUGCUGAGUUGAAGAUUUGUUACUCCUUGACCCUCCAGGUCUCUUUGGCUGUAGUGGAAGGUUUAUGAAUUUUGUGCA